CCACUCCCGCCACUACCGCCUCGCACAUCUUUCACAAUGCUCAAGAGCGGCUUCCAGCGGUCGCUCCGAGCGUCCUUCCGCCGACCAGCCACGGUCCAGCGUGCCUUCCAGCCCAUCAAGAAGAACUUCGCCCCGGCGCUGUCGGCUCGGUUCGCAAGUACUGAUGCGGCGAAGGAUGGCAAGAUCCAUCAGGUCAUCGGUGCCGUCGUCGAUGUCAAGUUCGACACGGAGCAGCUCCCUCCCAUUCUCAAUGCCUUGACGACCGACAAUGGUGGCCAGAAGCUGGUUCUGGAGGUCGCGCAACAUUUGGGUGAGAAUGUCGUCAGGUGUAUUGCCAUGGACGGUACCGAGGGUCUCGUCCGAGGAUCAAUCGCUACCGACACUGGCUCCCCCAUCAUGAUUCCCGUCGGCCCUGGAACUCUUGGCCGUAUCAUGAACGUCACCGGUGACCCCAUUGAUGAGCGAGGUCCCAUUAAGCACACCAAGAAGCUUCCCAUCCACGCCGACCCCCCAGAGUUCACCGAGCAAUCUACGAGUGCCGAGGUGCUGGUUACCGGUAUCAAGGUCGUCGACCUGUUGGCUCCCUACGCCCGUGGUGGAAAGAUUGGACUGUUCGGAGGUGCCGGUGUCGGCAAGACUGUGUUCAUUCAGGAGCUGAUUAACAACAUUGCCAAGGCCCACGGUGGUUUCUCCGUGUUCACAGGUGUCGGCGAGCGAACCCGUGAGGGUAACGAUCUGUACCACGAAAUGCAGGAGACCUCUGUCAUUCAGCUCGAUGGAGAGUCUAAGGUCGCCCUAGUGUUCGGUCAGAUGAACGAACCCCCAGGUGCUCGUGCUCGUGUUGCUCUGACUGGUUUGACCGUCGCCGAGUAUUUCCGUGACGAGGAGGGUCAGGACGUGUUGCUCUUCAUUGACAACAUUUUCCGAUUCACCCAGGCAGGUUCCGAGGUGUCUGCUUUGCUUGGUCGUAUCCCAUCUGCCGUCGGUUACCAGCCCACGCUCGCCGUCGACAUGGGUGCUAUGCAGGAACGUAUCACUACCACCCAGAAGGGAUCCAUUACCUCCGUGCAAGCUGUCUACGUCCCCGCUGACGAUUUGACCGAUCCUGCUCCCGCCACCACAUUCGCCCAUUUGGACGCUACUACUGUGUUGUCUCGUGGUAUCUCUGAAUUGGGUAUCUAUCCCGCCGUCGACCCUCUCGACUCCAAGUCCCGUAUGUUGGAUCCACGUGUCGUCGGUGACGACCACUACGAGACCGCCACCCGUGUCCAGCAGAUGUUGCAAGAGUACAAGUCGCUCCAAGAUAUUAUUGCCAUUUUGGGAAUGGACGAAUUGUCGGAAGCAGACAAGUUGACUGUCGAGCGUGCUCGUAAGCUCCAGAGGUUCUUGAGUCAGCCUUUCACUGUUGCCCAGGUCUUCACGGGUAUUGAGGGCAAGCUUGUCGACCUUAAGGACACUAUCAGGUCGUUCAAGGCUAUCAUGAAUGGCGAGGGUGAUGACUUGCCAGAAGGUGCUUUCUACAUGGUGGGUGACUUCGAGUCGGCACGGGCCAAGGGUGAGAAGAUUCUCGCAGAACUCGAGAAGUCAUGAGCUGUGGGUGGCUGGCAAAAGUGAAGAACAAACCAGGCCAUGUGUUUGAAGACCACUCGUCGGCGGUACUCCCAAAGCCCUUUUUUGUACAAAAGAUCUUAAAAAUAUGGAGGACUUGGGGAGGAACACUUCGCUAGCGGGUGUCGUUGGAGGGACAUGGCUUCCUUGUGUAAUCUUAUCUCUCUCAAUCUUGCAUGCAAACGAUGCCGUUUUUCUCUCCUACUACUCUCCUACCUAUGCUAGACGUGUGGUCCUGAAUGGAAGGGGUUGGUUUGAUGUUUGACGUUUUCUUGUGUGUUAAAGAUGUCAUGUUUACUGUGAUUCUUACCUGAGCUGUGAUUACAAGUAUGAUGUUUCAUG